CCAUUAUUGCCUCCUUUGCCUCCUUUGCCUACUAUUAUAGGAUUGCCGCCUUUGCCGUCCAUCCCUAAUCUUCCACAGCCAUUAUUGCCUCCUUUGCCUAUUAUUACAGGAUUGCCGCCUUUGCCAUCCAUCCUAAAUCUUCAACUGCCUCCAUUGCCUACAACAACUGGAUUGCCACCUCUUCCAUCAACCUUAACUCUUCCACAGCCUCCAUUGCCUGGACAUGUGGCUCUCCCACCACUUCCUAACAUUCCCAUAGUUCCUACUCCAAAAAUUACCCUACCUCCCAUGCGUGCUUAGCAUUUCCUCAUUAGUUAAUCCCAUAAUCCGUAAAAUCCCUUCCAUUCAUUUCCUCACCCCACCACGAAUUUGCCAUGUUAGCAAUUAUAGAAUAUAUAUUUUCCUAUUUUCAUGUCAUCUAAUGCUGUGGUGCAGUCCACGCAGCUUUCUAUAUAUAUUAAUAAGACUUCGAUCUUUCU